AUUUUGGCAUUCUGUGCAUUCGCUCCAAAUGACGCCAUUUUAUUGCCAUUUCGUGUUCUCGAGUCGUCUAAGCGCAAAUCUCUGUCGCGCCUCCACCAACGCACAGUCAGCUUUGUCGGCCUCGCCGGCUUUGCCAGCUUUUCCAGCCUUGCAAUUCAAACUCUGCUUCCCACAGUCUUGCCCAUGCAAAUCGGCUCAACUCUGGUCCCAAUAUCGAUCGGAGCUUGGGUCGCAUUUCGCCUAGCCCCUAUUCGUUGA